UUGACAUUAUUUUGACUUUUGUUUAACAGUAUGGCAGAUGAAAACAUUACGGGAAAGAAACAAGAAAGUAAAAAUACCAAACGUUUAAUGACACAUAAAAACUAUGCUUUUAAAAAACGUCUCCCUGUUCGACCGAUAGACGGGAAUAAUGUAAUAUUCGUCACUAAAAAAACUAACUUUAAGGCUCAGUUAGAUAAAUGUUGUGACCUUUUGACCAGAGGAGAAAAAGAGAUCAUUCUACAUGGCCUAGGCGCUGCAAUACAAAGAUGUUGUAACCUAGCAUUGCAGUUGGAAAUUCUUUUUUCUGGAACUUGUCAAAUCGAAGUUAACACAGGAACCGUAGAUCUUGUUGAUGAUCUGGAACCACUAGUGGAUGAUUUGGAUUUUGGAUCUCAAGUGCGACAUUCAUCUUCUAUCCACAUUAGAAUAUUUAGAACUGCAAUGCUCGGUUCAAAUCAGUAACAAUGUUUUUCACUCUCAAAGAGA